GCCGCAUUCUCAAAUUCCUCCCAAGCUCAUACUAGCUCAAGCUUAAGAACCAAACUUAUUUUCGAAACGCGUAACUUUGCACACUCUCUUAAUCAUGGCGACUUCAGCUAAUCCCCCGGUCGUAAAGUCGCUCAGCAUAUCCCAGGGGCGUAAGAGAUUUGUGUUCAAGAAAUUCUCUCAAAGAAUCAUUGACAUUAAAGUGUUUAGGAUCUUGGAUAAGGUGAAGGCUGAGCCCCCUUCAGAGGGAUCCUCAUUGCGUCGUAGAAUGGGAGAGGAUGUUUGAUUUUGUUACCUUGGACCUCUUCUAAAUUAAGUUUCAAUUAAAAACAAUUUUUAUUUUAUUUUAUAAUAAAAGCAAUUUGGUCUCGGACUAUUAUUGUAUCCUGAGUUUAAUCAAUGAUAGUCUUUAACU